AUGAAGAUCUGUGCGGCCUUGUACGCACUACGAGCUGUCACCCCAGAGAACCCAGACAACGCGCCGACGCCAUUUCAGCUUCUCAAUCUGGACGCGUCAGCACCUCCCUUCUACCCGUCAGAGGAUGCGGCGUUUGUCGGCGCGCCUUUAUACGAUCAGAUGAUUCGCGUGACGGUCAGGGCAGUUGAAGCUGUCUCGCAGAGACUCAGAUCUACGACUAGGGGUCCCAAACGGCAGGGUACAAGGGAAGUUGAGUAUGAUGACGACGACGUCAACACUUAG